AUGACUUCGCGCGGAGCGCGCAGCAGUGCACGGAUGCGCUACGGGGCCAUCCUCGCACUCGCGGGACUGCUGGUGGUUUCGCGUGUUUGCUUGCUCGCAUCUGCGCAAGCGGAUGAGGAGGCGGGGGAGAGUGCGGCGGAGCAACAGGCGGAGGUUUCGCGAACCAUCACCGCGAAGGGUCCGAUAGGACACCACCCGGCGGACGCGGCGAGGGACUCGGCAGAGCAGGUGGCGAAGCGGCAGCAGCGGACGACGUCGCCCAACCUUCGCCGCCUCGCGCUAUUCGUCGACCCGCUGCCCAUUCCGCCCGUCGUGGACGCGUCCAAGCUGCCGCGUCGCAACGGGCAGUCGCCCAAUAUCACGAUCGGCGUGUACAACGUGAAGCGGAAGUUCCACAGCGACCUGCCGGCCACCAAGGUGUACGCGUUCGGGCUGUCGCGCAGGACGGCGAGCGUGCCGGGGCCGACGAUCGUGGCGCAGAAUCGGGAGGAGCUGCGCGUGGAGUGGGCGAACAACAUCACGGACAAGCAGCACAUGUUUCCGCUCGACCGCACGCUCAUGAUUCCCCAACUCAAGCUCGGCGGUGUCCCCAUCGCCGUCCACGUGCAUGGCGCGCAGGUGUCGAGCAAAUCGGACGGCCAUCCGUUAGCGUGGUGGACGAAUCGGGGAGAGCGCGGUCCGACGUUCGUAUCGAACACGUACACGUACCCGAACGGCCACGCGGCGAGCACGCUCUGGUACCACGACCACACGAGCGGCAUGACGCGCCUCAACGUGCUCGCGGGCAUGUUCGGCGCAUACAUCAUCCGGCACCCCGAGCUGGAACAGAAAUUUAACCUGCCCGAGGGCAGGUACGACGUGCCGCUGGUGAUUCAGGACCGGUCGUUUGUGAAGAACGGAUGGACGUUCCUGCCGAGCCAAGGCGUGUCCAAGGUGCACCCGCACUGGAUGCCCGAACACUUCGGCGACUUCAUGACCGUCAAUGGCAAGGUGACCCCGUACAUGCGCGUGGAGCGACGCAAGUACCGCUUCCGCAUCGUCAACGGCGGCACCGCGCGCUUCCUCGAGCUCGUCUUCCGUGCGGCCCCCGCCAACACCGACCUCACUCUGCGGAACGCGCUGUCCGCGUCCCCGCAACUCCCCUUCGUGCAAGUCGCCGCGGACGGCGGGUACCUCAACGCGCCCGUGCCGCUCUGCCGCUCCGUGCUGGGUCCGGGGGAGCGCGCGGACAUCGUCAUCGAUUUCUCCAAGCUCCCCGCGGGCACCGCGGUGUACCUCACCAACCGCGCGCCCGCGCCGUACCCCGGGGGCGCCGUUCCGCAGGGCGACCUUCGCUUCGUGAUGCGCUUCGACGUCGUGCCCGCGACGUCCGCCGACACGACGCGCGUGCCAGCCACGCUCCUCAGCAUUCCAGCAUCUCACCAAAGCCGUUAA